CGACGCUCUUGAACAGCGACCGUGCCAAACACACGCACAAACAUAAACUUACAUCUUUAAUAUUAUUUUUAUUUUCAAUUACUUACUGUGAACGUUCAUAAGUUUGUUGGAAAAAUGUACAAAAAGGUUUUCUUUAUAAUUUUUGCGGCAACACUGGCUAUGAGUGAUGGUAUUCAGCCCACGAACUACGAAAUAAGUCGAAAUCAACUGGGCGGAGGCAACUAUGGCAACUACCCGUAUCCGACGGGGCCCGGCUACUACCCGGGACAGGGGCAGUAUGGACAAGGGCAUUACGGACAGGGUCAUUACGGCCCACCCGGACCACCUGGGGCCCACCCCGGAUGCCCCCUGUGUGACUCUUCAGUGUACAGCUACUGCUACCAAAAGCAGGCUCACGAUGCAUGCUGCUGCGGUUCUGUGUUCAACCCUUACUGUGGCAAGACUGACUGCAAGUUCCUGUAUGCGAACUCUUGCCAGGAACACGACCUGAUCUCAAACUGCUGCUGUGUGGACCUAUACAAGAAUAACCCGCAAGGCGCACCCGUCGUACCGGCUGUUGCUGUGUAAUCGACCUAAUUCAUGUAGUUAUAAGAUCGUAAUUUGUGUAACUGUUACAUUCCCGAUUGCAUCAAACUGAUAAUAUGUAGGUG